UGAGAACAGUUGCGCAACGAGCCGCACGGUUAAACCCCAAAUGCAUGGAUAUAGAAAAAAAUGGGCCGACUAAUAGCAGUAUGUUUAACUCUCUAUGUUGUACUUUGCUAUUUUCAAACACAAGGGGCUGAUAAAUACACCGACAAAAACCGGCCAUACGAGUUUGGGUUUACGAUUGAUGGAGAGCAACAUCGACAUGAAAAGAAAGAUGAAAAUGGUAUAAUUAUGGGUGAAUUUGGUUUCAUUACCGCUGACGGUGUAUAUCAUGUAACAGUUUACGCAACAGACGAAAAUGGAAACUUUAAAAUAAUAUCGAUGAAGAAUAUUCGAGUUAAACCUUAUCCAACUGCGCCUGAUAGCGGUGAAAGAAAAGGGCACUCUCUUUCCUUUCAAUCACCACAACAGCUGACAAAACCACAAUCUUUUGCUAAAACUCAACAAAACAAACAAGAAAGUAGUUCUCCUUUAAAAUCGUGCUCUCAUUGCAAAAUACCCACAACAACAACAACAACACCUCAACCACAAUUAGCAAGUUCUGUAGUACUAUCACCAAAAGACAAUCUACAAUUGCCAAUCGCAGGAAACACUAAAAUGGUCGGUAACUCUCAAACAUUUUCACAAAAUGAUAAAAAUCAACAAUUUUCACAGCAUGAAAAUUCGGCAGCACGGCAACAAUUAUCACCGUCAAAGUUGGAACAAAGCUAUCAACAGAAAUCCGCACCAAAACAAAAUAAUCCAAAUCCAAGUCAAGUUUAUCGUAAUGAAGCAGUUAAUUUUAAUAAUCAAGAACAGUAUUCACAAAUCAUACCUAGUCCGCAAAAUAAUCCUCAAGAUGAUUUUAAUGUAGGGCGAAAAUAUUUGCAAAAGGCACAAGGUCAACAAAAUUACCAGCAAAAAUUAAGCGUAGAGCCAAUCUCUUUAGUAAAAUCUAGUGCUGGAUUAAAUAAUCAACUAGAACUGAAUGCAGGGCAACAGACACAACAAGGAAUAUUCGAUGGGCAAUAUCAUUUACAACCUCCUUUUGCGACGGGAGACGAUAAUCAAAUUUUAAAUCUUCCUCAAAGUAAUCAACAACAAGGAGGAUCCAGAGUUCAAGAUUUUGGCGCAACUGCAUUAGGACAAAGCCAUCAAACUAACAUAGAAAAAAGUUAUAUUCAAGAAUCAAAUACAAUUGGCAGGAACUAUCAGCCAAAAAAUACUUCCGCUCAAGAAACACCAGGAGGUCGACAACCAAAAACCUUUAUGGACAUUUUACAAAGAGUUAACACAGAAAAACAAUAUAACACAGGUACAACGCCUACGUCCUUCGGGUCUUCACAGCAAAAUAUUGGAAAACCAGUUCUCAUAGCAGCCCAAAUGCAAGUAGUAGAUAAAAAUACUGAUAUUUAUAACAAAAAUCAAGGAGAAAACGAUGGUUUGCCAAAAGGUUUAACGCAAACUGAUAUGACAGAACUUUUAUAUACCUUUAACUACACAGUAGGUUUCCAUGGUCACCAUGAAGAAGGAUACAAGAGUGGAGUAAAAAUUGGAUAUUACUAUGUCACAGCAAGAAGUGGUGUUAGAACAAGAGUAGAUUAUAUUGCGGAUGAAAAAGGAUUUCAUCCACGAAUUUCCCAGGAAAUUUUAGACGUACAGUCUGAUGAAGUGCCAAAGCCUGAUACAGAGAAGGAUGAAAAAUAUGGACUUAAAGGAUACGAGUUUAAAUGGCUAUACUAUCCAGUGGACUCCGAGUAG